GGCAGAGCUGGUCGUCUGCAGCCACUGUAGCCUACAGUUCUUUGUCUUCUCAGGUGAAGAGCGUGUGUCUUAGCAAAACCAUCCAUUGAUUGAAGCUGAGUGGAUUGAUCAGUUAGCCAACAUGUGGACUGCAUGUCCACAAAAAGAGCAGGCUAGCCCUGCUCAGGGGGUUAACUGCUAAGCAUGCUGGGUACCAGUAACCUCAACCUGGUGAAGUCAGAAGUUUCUGACCCCUCGGUGGUCUCGGACGUACACGACGGCAUUAACAUGGCCGACCUUGUGGAGAGCUUGGACACCAGAGAGCUGGACAUGGGGGAAGGAGAGGAGGUCGAUGAUGGAAGCUGCUUAGGGGACAGUCGUAUCCCAUUUUCAGCGAUUUAUGCCACAGUAGGGUUUAAGGAGGCCACUGCUAAGGUCUACCUUGCCACUGUGCCCAUCACUGCCCGGAUCCUUGAGGUGGAGAGAUUCACCACUGCACAGGACCGCUUCAAUCUGUCUCACCACAGGAGUGUCAACAAGUCUCUGCCUGCGGUGUUUAAGAUUGAGCUGAAGCACGGUGAGUUUACCUGGAUGGUAAAGAGAAAGGAGAAACAUUUCAUGGAGCUGCACAGAGAGCUGAGGACAUACAAGACCUUCAUGAGGAUACCCCUGCCAUCACGCAGCCACACAGUGAGGAGGAAGACAGUGAGGAAGAGUGAAGUGAGGGAGAUGCCCUCGCUGCCCAGGGGAGGAGGAGAUGAACUGGCGCGAGACGAACAGGUUUCUAGCAGGAGGAGACAAUUAGAAGACUAUUUGAACAAGCUGCUGAAGAUGGCCAUGUACCGCAAAUAUCACCAUACUAUGGAAUUCAUUGACGUCAGCCAACUGUCUUUCAUUCAUGACUUGGGGCCCAAAGGACUGGAAGGGAUGAUUUAUAAGCGCUCAGGGGGGCAUCGUAUCCCUGGCAUGAAUUGCUGUGGUCACAGCCAGGCCUGCUACCGCUGGUCCAAACGCUGGCUGGUGGUGAAGGAUUCAUUCCUGCUGUAUAUGAAGCCGGACACAGGGGCCAUCUCCUUUGUCCUGCUGGUGGAUAAAGAGUUCGGCAUCAAGAUGGACUCCAAAGACACAGAGACCAAACAUGGAGUCAGGAUCGAUAGCUUAUCCAGGGCUUUGGUGUUUAAGUGCAUCAGCUACAGACACGCCCGCUGGUGGGGUCAGAGCAUCGAAAGCUUUGUAAGGAGUCAUGGGAAGGCUUUCCUUCGAGAUCACCGCUUUGGAUCGUUUGCACAGGAAGAGGAAAACAUUCCUGCCAAAUGGUAUGUGAAUGGAAAGACUUACAUGGAGGAUGUGGCUAAUGCUUUGGAGGAGGCUAAAGAGGAAAUAUUCAUCACUGACUGGUGGUUAAGUCCAGAGAUCUUCCUGAAGAGACCUGUGGUGGAGGGUAACAGAUGGAGGCUGGACUGUAUCCUCAAACGCAAAGCACAACAAGGAGUGCGGAUAUUUGUGAUGUUGUAUAAGGAGGUGGAGCUCGCCCUGGGCAUUAACUCAGGUUACAGUAAGAGGACCCUCAUGCACCUGCACCCCAACAUCAAGGUGAUGCGUCAUCCAGAUCACGUCUCCUCCUCCGUCUAUCUGUGGGCACAUCAUGAAAAGAUCGUUGUCAUUGACCAAUCAGUGGCCUUUGUUGGUGGGAUUGACCUCGCGUAUGGUCGCUGGGACGACAGAGAGCAUCGGCUGACGGAUGUUGGCAGUGUGACACGUUCUGUGGCCCUGGAGCAGGCCGGCUCCAACACUCCAUCCAGCAAGGGCGUGUCUUCUGUUGAUGGCGUCACCCACAGCAACGGACGAGGCACCCCGCCCAGUGAUCCAGUGGACUUGCCAAAACUGAAGGGAAUAGGUCGCAGUAGGAAGGCUCGCUUCAGUCUCUACAAACACCUGCACAAGCACACCAUGCAGCCAGCAGACAGUGUCAGCAGUGUCGACAGCACAGGCAGUGGUUCAGUGCGAAGCCUAAAGACCGGUGUUGGAGAGUUACAGGGCAACACUCGCUUUUGGCAUGGAAAGGACUACUGCAACUUUGUCUACAGGGACUGGAUUCAGCUCGAAAAACCUUUUGAUGACUUUAUCGACAGGUACACCACUCCCAGAAUGCCUUGGCACGACAUCGCCUCAGUGGUUCAUGGCAGAGCUGCCCGGGAUGUGGCAAGACACUUCAUUCAGCGCUGGAACUUCACUAAGAUCAUGAAGCCAAAGUAUCGCUCUCUGUCGUAUCCAUUCCUGCUGCCCAAGUCUCACUCCAGUGCCAGUGAGCUCAGAUACCAAGUCCCUGAGAGUGUUAAUGCCAAAGUGCAGGUGUUACGGUCAGCAGCUGACUGGUCGGCAGGCAUAAAGUACCAUGAGGAGUCCAUCCAUAAUGCCUACAUCCAAGUCAUCGCCAAGAGCAAACACUACAUCUACAUAGAGAACCAGUUCUUCAUCAGCUGUGCCGACAACAGGACAGUGUACAACAAGAUUGGAGAUGCUAUCAUCGAAAGGAUCAUCAGAGCACACAAGGAGGGUAAAAAGUACCGUGUGUAUGUGGUCACCCCUCUGCUUCCUGGUUUUGAGGGGGACAUCACCACAGGAGGAGGGAAUGCCAUCCAGGCUGUCAUGCACUUCAACUACAGAACCAUGAUCAGAGGAGAAUACUCCAUCAUCUCCCAGCUGAAAAGGGAGAUGGAUGAUCAGUGGAUGAACUAUAUCUCCUUCGCUGGUCUGCGAACUCACUGUGAGCUGGAGGGACGCCUGGUAACAGAGCUCAUCUACGUCCACAGCAAGAUGCUCAUCGCUGACGACAACACAGUCAUCAUCGGUUCUGCUAACAUCAACGACAGAAGCAUGCUGGGUAAACGUGACAGUGAGGUUGCAGUGAUUGUUGAGGACUCUGAGAAGGUUGCCUCUGUGAUGGAUGGACAGGAAUUUGAAGCUGGACCCUACGCGCUUCAGCUGCGCCUGGAAUGCUUUAGGACUAUUCUUGGAGGUCACACUGACACCAGCAUUGACCUGUCUGACCCCAUCAGUGAUCGCUUCUACAAGGAGGUGUGGAUGACCACGGCUGGCCGCAAUGCCACCAUUUAUGAGAAGGUCUUUCGCUGCCUUCCUUCAUCCAUCGUGAGGAACACAUCUGAGCUUGAAGAGUACCUAUCCAAACCGGGUUUGGCCCAAAGUGAUUCGGCCCGUGCUCAAGAGGAGCUGCGCAAAAUCAGAGGCUUCCUGGUCCAAUUUCCUCUGGAUUUCCUGUCUGAGCAUAACCUCAUGCCCUCUGUUGGAACAAAGGAGGCCAUGGUCCCAACUGAGAUCUGGACAUAAAUGAUUUGACUGUUUGUUGAGUGAACACUCUGGAUUGUGAUCGUCAGCGAAUGUGUGAUAUUGGAUUUGCAAGAGAUCGCCUUUGAUUUACAUAAUCCAGAGAUGAGAGGUAGGUUUACAGCUGUCCUCGGGGGUUAUGACUGCUGGGCAUUGACAAAUCCCUCAGAUCUGUUGCUACUGAACAACACUAAACAGUAGUUACAGCUUGUCAGGAUAAGCACUACAUUUUUAUAUGUAAGAAGAACUCAUAGACAUUGCACUUGAGGACAACAACAAUGACUGCAUUCUAACUGUGGAGAUGAACAGGCACAUGGAUGUGGAGGUUUUGGGACUCAAACUCAGCUCUGGAUGCUUAUGCUUUUGGACUGUGGGAAGAGCUCAAGAGACAGUGGAGAUAAGAGACAGUGGAGAUUUCUAUGGGACCAGGGUAAGGCAGAAGUAAAGAUAAAACAAAAUUCACAGAGAUCUUGAUACAUGUAAUUUAUUGAGAUUGUGAUGUACUCUUGUAAGAUGCAUUAAUGCUAUGUAGGCUGUUUGAGUUGUUUAGCCUGCAUUUGUGCUGCUUAGGAGAAAUUCUCUGAGUUUAAAAGCUAGUUAUCUAAGAUGUAUCUUUGGAUUGUUUCUGUACAACAAAUCUACAACAUGUGCUUACUAUUCACUGUGGUAGCAAAUGCACACAGACAAUAUACUUUAACUGGUUCAACAGUGAUGCACGAUUUACUAACUAUGCUAAAAUUUUGUUAACAUGAUUGUCAUGAUGCAUGUACCAAUUACACCUUUGCUCUGCAAAGCUGUCAAAAGUGUUUUGUGAUAAUUAGACAUGAGAUGUAACCCUUACACAUUGCUGAAAUCAUGCUGAAUCAAAGCGAGCAUAAUGGAGAGGUACACAAGCUUAUUCAAUUCUGUUUGUCCUGUGUGUUCAUAAAGUAUGAGCUGAAAAUAAUUAUGGCGACUGCGAUCAAAAGCUGCAGUGUAAAAACGGUCGUGCUGGUGGCCAACAGUAGAGGAUGGAUGAGACAAUCUGCCUGUAAAUUCUGGAAAGUAAUUUCCACUUUGCUCAACAGAUGGUGCUAGUUCCUUUAAAGUACAAUGUGUAUACAACCUGAGAUUGGAUUUAAAGUUUUCCCAAUGGUCUCUCUCGGUUCAGUUGUGGAAACAAUGAUUACAUGCAACAAAUGCUAAUGGAAAAGCUUUUAUGAAAAAAAAUCCAGUUUGAAAUAGCUUAUGUUUUUUUUCUUCAUUUCAUUAAAAAACGAUUUGUAAUUCAGUGUAAUCCUUAGAAGAGGCUGCUCUCUUCUAUGAAAUUAAACGUUUCUAGGGAUUCUUGUGGAAGGUGACCUAUCAGUCAAUUGAUAUAUUUUGUAUGUGUGAAUGUAUGGACUCUAUGUUGAAUGAUUUUGUUUUCAUUUUUAAUAUCUGUCACAGUACCUUAUUAUCACAGAGUCCCUUUAAUGUGAAGUAAAAGAACCACUCCUUACUAUAAUAUUGCUCAGUAAUUGUUAUGAACACAUACUGUAACACUUUACAGCAAAAAAACUGGUUAAAGAUCUUCAUGAACGUUAUGAAACAAUAACUUGGCAGAAAGCCUGGGCCUCAUAAAAGUGCAAUGUUUUUUUAUUGCCAAGUCCUACACUCCACAUGGGAAUCACUUACUAAAUAUUGUAACGGAUCUGAUCAUGUAAUAUUGAUUUAUUGAAUGGGACCAGAUCAUUUAAAAAACAAAGUUUGCUGAAGAGAUGUUUGGAAGCAUCAUUUUCUUUGUUUCUACAAUGAUGAAAAUAUCCUGAUUUUCAAUACUUUUUAAAACACAGCCUUUAUUGUUUACCCUUGUUGUAUUUGUCAAUGCAUUAUGUAUGGAAUAAAAAUCAUUUAACAUUGUUUAAGCAUGUAUUUUAAAUGUAUGGCAUGGUUAUAUGGAUGGGUUUGGAUCUCUAAUUAAGCCACUAUUUCUUCUGCAUAACCAUCAAGCUCCUUUUCAUUUCUGUCACCUGUAUUUAUCCCUGGACCUUCAAUUUAGCUGCUCUUGCUUCCACUGUUUAUGUACAAUAUCUCUUUGUACAGUUGAAAGUAUAUUUCUCAUUUCUAUCUGUUCAUUUAACACAAUGUAACUCUUAAU